GCGCUCAAGAAACGGAACGUGCAAGACGUGUUGCUGUCAUUCCAGACUGUCAUUCCGUGGACUCCAGAAACUCGCAAUUUCCUACCCGGGUGUCAGCGCUCGGUCAACGAUCUAACGACCCCACUGUCCAACCCAUCUCAAGAUUGUAUUGUUGAAGCGGGUGUUCUGAGGUUGUCACGAAGCCCACUCAUCCCCACAAUCUAAACUUCUGAACCCCGAAAUGGCGUUCUGGAAGCCUGGAACAGUUGCGCCAGGUAGCAGCAUAGACCGCGAGUCCGAGAAAGAGGAAGGCCAAGCAGUGACAGCUCAAUACAAUGCGAAUGCCAACGCAUCCCUAAGCGAACAACGCCUGCGAUUACCGAUAUAUAAAAACAGAAAACAGAUCCUGUACUUGGUGGAGAAGUACCAGGUGGUCGUGGUGGUUGGACAGACGGGGUCGGGGAAGACGACACAGGUCCCGCAGUAUCUGCACGAGGCGGGAUGGACAGCGCAAGGGCAUGUUGUUGCGUGUACGCAGCCAAGGCGGGUUGCAGCAACGACGGUGGCGACGAGGGUAGCAGAUGAGAUGGGGGUGGUUCUUGGGCAGCAAGUUGGGUACACGAUUCGCUUCGACGAUUGCUCCGACAGCACCACCACGCGAAUAAAAUACAUGACGGACGGGAUGCUGUUCCGCGAGACGCUGCUGGAUCCGCUGCUGACGAAGUAUAGCGUGAUCAUGAUUGAUGAGGCGCAUGAACGCACGUUGUACACGGAUAUAUUGGUUGGGACGCUGAAAAAGAUUUUGAAAAAGCGACCGGAGUUGCGCGUCAUUAUCUCGUCGGCUACCCUGGAUGCGGAAGCCUUCUAUGAUUUCUUUAACACCAAUACCACGGAGGAUGUGAUGCAGGAUAAUGCUGUCAUUAUGUCUAUGGAAGGACGAAUGUUUCCUGUUGACAUAUGCUAUCUUCAAGAGCCGUCGAGCAAUUACCUGACGACAGUAGUGGAGACGGUGUUCAAGAUCCACGAGAAAGAACCGGCGGGGGACGUCCUGGUCUUUCUGACCGGGCGGGACGAGAUCGAUACAGCGAUAUCGCUCAUCAACGAGCGUGCGCACACGUACGGGCCCACUCAUCAGAUAUCCGCGCUUCCGCUGUAUGGCGGGCUCACGUUCGAGGAGCAGCUCGCAGCGUUCGAGCCGCCAGAACGGGGCACACGAAAAGUGGUCGUCUCUACCAACAUCGCCGAAGCGUCCGUGACGAUCGACGGUAUCGUAUACGUCGUCGACGCCGGCUUCGUCAAACUGCGGGCGUACAACCCGAAAACGGACAUGGAGAGCCUGAUGGUCUCGACGAUCUCCCAAGCCUCCGCGCAGCAACGCGCCGGAAGAGCGGGGCGAACGCGACCCGGCAAGGCGUUCCGUCUCUACACCGAAGCCGCGUUCAACAACCUCCCGACCAACGGGAUCCCCGAGAUGCAGCGAAGCAACCUGGCUCCGCUCGUCCUGCAGCUCAAAGCCCUCGGCAUCGAGAACGUGCUCUACUUUGACUUUGUGUCCCCGCCGCCCGUAUCCAACCUCACCAAAGCGCUGGAACUUCUAUACUCCCUUGGCGCGUUGGACGACUACGGCCGCCUGACAAUGCCGUUUGGCAUGCAUCUCGCUGAGUUCCCUGUCGACCCGCUGCUGGCGACGAUGCUGCUUAACUCGUUGAAGAUGAAGUGCGCGGAGGAUAUGCUGACGAUCGCGGCGAUGUUGUCGGUGCAGAGCGUGUUUGUGGGUGGGGAUGGGCAGCGCAGGGAGGCGGAGGAGGAACGGAGGAAGUUUGCGGUUGAGGAGGGGGAUCAUAUCACCUACCUAAAUGUAUACAACGCCUUCCUCCGCCACAACAGAUCCCCCAAAUGGUGCUACCACCACCUUCUCAACCACAAAUCCCUACAACGCGCCGUCGCCGUCCGCGCCCAGCUGCGCAAAUACCUCGCCCGCUUUGGCAUGCCGAUCGAGUCUGCUAAUGGUGACAUUGACGUGAUUAGGAAGUGUAUUGUCAGCGGCUACUUUUCGCAUGCGGCUAAAUUGAGGCCGGAUGGAAGUUAUGGGACGGUUUUGCAUAAUGAGAUCCUCCACAUCCACCCCAACUCCGUCCUCUUCCGACGAUCCCCCGCAUGGGUGGUCUUCCACGAAGUCGUAGAAACAACUAAACCCUUCAUGCGCGACCUUACCGUUAUCGAACCGGACUGGCUCACUGAACUGGCGCCGCACUUUUAUGAACGGAAGACGGUUGCGCCGAGUGGGAGGUGAUAUGCGGGGAAAUCGGGGGCAGCUGGGCCACCUAGGGCCACAAACAACCGCGGAUCGCAGCGGUAUCGGGUUUUUUGCAGGCAGUAGGAAUGAAAUGUGGGUCGAGAGGGUGGGGAUGGGUUCAUGUGUGGUAUUGGGUGGUGUAGGCUUAUGUAGAGUGUAUUGUGCAUACUUAUUUUUUUUGGGUGGAUAGAGCUUUCGAAUAGACGGGCGUAGGGAGAGAGGAACGAUCUA